GCAUGGAGCGGGCGGCGGUGGGGCCCGGGGGCACCUCGCUGGUCGAGGGGUUCAUUAAAUCGCCCCGACCGCUGAUGAAGAAGCAGGCGGUGAAACGGCAUCACCACAAACACAACCUCAAGCAUCGUUACGAGUUCUUGGAAACGCUGGGGAAGGGAACGUAUGGGAAGGUGAAGAAAGCACGGGAGCGUUCCGGCAAGCUGGUGGCCAUCAAGUCCAUCCAGAAGGACAGAAUCAAAGAUGAACAGGACCUUAUCCAUAUCAGGAGGGAGAUAGAGAUCAUGUCGUCCCUCAACCACCCCCACAUCAUCGCCGUCCAUGAAGUGUUUGAGAACAGUAGCAAGAUUGUCAUCGUGAUGGAGUACGCCAGCAAAGGAGAUCUGUAUGACUACAUCAGUGAGAGGCAGAGGCUGUCGGAGCAGGAGGCUCGCCACUUCUUCCGGCAGGUUGUGUCGGCUGUCUACUACUGCCAUAAGAAUGGGAUCGUUCACAGGGACCUGAAGCUGGAGAACAUCCUUCUCGAUGCCAAUGGGAACAUCAAGAUUGCAGACUUUGGCCUGUCCAACGUUUACCAGCAGGACAAAUUCCUGCAGACGUUCUGUGGUAGCCCCCUCUAUGCCUCACCUGAAAUCAUCAACGGACGGCCCUACAAAGGCCCAGAGGUGGACAGCUGGUCCCUCGGUGUCCUCCUCUACAUCCUGGUCCAUGGCACGAUGCCCUUUGAUGGCCACGACUACAAGACCCUGGUCAAGCAGAUCACCAGCGGGGAUUACCGGGAGCCCACGAAGCUGUCAGAUGCCUGUGGGCUGAUCCGGUGGAUGCUGAUGGUGAACCCGGAGCGCCGUGCCACCAUUGAGGACAUCGCCACACACUGGUGGGUCAACUGGGGCUACCGUGUGCCCGUCGGUGAGCAGGAGCUGCUGAGGGAGAGCAGUGAAUCCCCAUUGGCCACGGUGGCCGAGUGGCUGCGGCGCUCCUCCAGACCCCUCUUUGAAAACGGCUCCAAAGUGAGGUGCUUCUUCAAGCAGCACAUCCCUGGUGUGGCCCUGGAGAGGCAGCGCUCCCUUAAGAAGUCCAAGAAGGAGAACGAUGUCUCCCAUGCACUGCAGGAGGGGGCUGCAGUCCCGGAGAACCCCUCCAAGUCCAUCCUCAAGCGGCCCAAGGGCAUCCUGAAGAAGAGGAAUUCCUGCGAGCAGAAGGUGCCCAUCCCUCCGCCAACAGCUCCUGGGGGAGAGGCGAAGAGUGAGGAUGGGGAUGUGACUGCUGUGGGGCUGAGCCCGGUGCUACCCUCUGCAGUGCUGGGGGAUAGCGAGGGCAGCAGUGUGGUCCCUGUGGCUGUGCCCAAGAAGGGAAUCCUAAAAAAGCCCCCAAAGAGGGAAUCAGGGUAUUACUCAUCCCUGGAAUGCUGUGAAUCCGGGGACGUCUUGGAUGCAGGGAGCUUGGACCUUGAGAGCAACGUGUUUGCUGACAACCCCACCACUGAGCAGGGCCCCCCCGUCCUUCCCAGCAGCCGGAAGGGCAUCCUCAAGCACAGCAGCAAAUACACCAGCAGUGCUGAGCCCCACAGCCCCCCCAGGCAGAGCUUUGGAUGCUUUGAUGAGGUGUCCCUGCCCAAAGCCCCCCUUGCCCCCCGCCCUCGCCCACCCAGCGCUGUGAGCGAGGACAGCAUCCUCUCCACCGAAUCCUUUGAGCAGCUCGACCUCCCCCCACGCGUCCCCGCGGGCAGCAGCGGGGCCAUGAGGGGCUGCGUCUCUGCUGACAGCCUCCUGUGCUUGGAGGAGGAGGAGGAGGUGGAUGAAGGGCGCAGGUUGCGCCGCUGGACCGUGACCCACUGCCCCAGUGCAUUGGGAGAAAGCUGUGACAACAUCACCGAGGUGUACCGGCGUGCCGUGGCCAUCAGCAUGAAGCUGAGCUGAGGGCAUCCUGUGGCUGUAGGGAUGGGGUCCCUGAGCCUGGGAUGGUCCCUGCUGUGGGAAGGGGGGGGCACAACCCCUCCUUUCUCCCUCCAGGGCUCCCUUGUUUCGGGAGGGGGGCUG